GUGCGGGACGCUGUCAUCCCCGCAUGCAUCCAAUGUGGUCCCAGCUUUGAUGCGGUGGAUGGAUGGGCAGAACAUGCACACCUGUUUCCCUGCAUUUUCAGCAGUUUCGGGUGCACCGUGCAGCUCUGCGCGGGCUCCCCUCCGGCUCCACCUGGGCGGCUCGGAAAAGCCUGGCUCAAGGGCACCUUGGUGGGAUGAAAACAAAUGUUUGAUUUCUCCACUUUGUGCCCUCGCACAGUCACUCAGACGACCGUCCUCCCCUCUCUGCUCUGCUGCUCCUAAACGCCUCCCUAGUCUGGGCUGCGUCGCACUCCCCCGUCUGUCACACCAGGCUCCGAGAAAUCUGACGUGUUUUUCGCAUUUCCUGCAGCAGAGAGAGACGGAGCGGCGACGGGGGGAGGCAGCCAGAGGUAUGUGCACGGGAAGUUAAGAUCAACAACAGCGGGUGAAACCAGGCCGUGCAGCGAGCAACUGGAGCCCCUGCAGACCUUCCUACCCACCGCCUGAACCUGCCCCUCCUCUCCGCCCCUGCUGCGGCUGUUGCCAGCCUGACUGGCCGCAGCCGUCAGGCUCGAACAUCCCCGAUGCGUCGCGGCGGCUGCCAGCAGGCGUCUGGAGCCUCCCACCCGCGUCAAGGCACAAUGCAACACGGGCUAAUGCUCCCAGGGCGCCCCGCUACAGCUAACGGAGCUUUUUAAUACCUCGGAGGUAAAAAAACAUGACAGACACAUUCACAUCUGGGGCCUCUGCUCGUCUGGCUGUCGCUAAGUCCCGGCACUUCGUGCUUAUCCGCGUUUCUUCCGCGCGCCUGUGAGGAAAGAUUCGGGUUGACGCUCGUUUUUCUGCCGCAGCUGUUUAUCUGGGGUGGAAAUUUUGUAGCAUAUUCGACAAGUUCUGAGGAAAGACCCAAACCCAGCUCAGACAGGGGCUUCUUAGUUGGCACACUCUCCGUCAUAUUGACCUGGAGGGAAUCACGGUGUCUGCCUGGAGGACCACCGGUUGAACACAGCCGUUUUUCACCGCCUCCCAGGAGCUGAUAUCUUAGAAGAGGUCGGGGACAGGGGUGUGUGUGGUGGUUUCACUGCAAACAAGUCAAGUAUCACGUGUUUCACCACCAUGGUGAUCUUCAACGGGCAGCUGAAGAUCAAGAUCUGCGAGGCUCUGGAGCUCAAACCGACGGCUUGGUCCCUGCGUCACGCCGUCGGUCCCAGGACGCAGACCUUCCUCCUGGACACGUACAUCGCCCUGAACGUGGACGACUCCCGCGUGGGCCAGACCUCCACCAAGCAGAAGACCAACAGCCCCGCCUGGAACGAUGAGUUCACCACGGAGGUCCACGACGGCCGUAAAAUCGAGCUGUCCGUCUUCCACGACGCGCCCAUCGGCUACGACGACUUCGUGGCCAACUGCACCAUCCAGUUCGAGGACAUCCUGAACAACGGCAGCAAGCACUUCGAGGACUGGAUUGACUUGGAGCCAGAGGGGAGGGUCUAUGUUGUUAUUGACCUAUCAGGAUCGUCCAGCGAAGAUGCAUCCGCCUCCACCGAGAAUGAGGAGCGAGUGUUUCGGCAGCGGAUGCGUCCCAGGAAGCGUCAGGGCGCCGUGCGGCGGAGGGUCCACCAGGUCAACGGACACAAGUUCAUGGCCACCUACCUGAGACAGCCCACCUACUGCUCCCACUGCAGGGACUUCAUCUGGGGCGUCUUAGGAAAGCAGGGCUACCAGUGUCAAGUGUGCACCUGCGUGGUCCAUAAGCGCUGCCACGAGCUCAUCAUUACCAAGUGUGCAGGCAUGAAGAAGCAGGAGGACACCGUCGGCGAGCCAGUCGGCUCUCAGAGGUUCAGCGUCAACGUGCCGCACAAGUUCAGCAUCCACAACUUUAAGGUCCUCACCUUCUGCGACCACUGUGGGUCCCUGCUGUGGGGUCUGCUGCGACAGGGGCUGCAGUGUAAAGUGUGCAAAGUGAAUGUGCACAGGCGCUGUGAGAGGAACGUAGCUCCUAACUGUGGCGUGGACGCCAGAGGAAUCGCUAAAGUCCUCUCCGACCUCGGAGUCACACCAGACAAAAUCUUGAACAGCGGCCAGAGACGGAAAAAGCUUCCUCAGGGUCAGGACCCCCAGCAGGCUUUAUCAGGGGCGCCAAAGGCCGAAGACGAUCGCUCCAAGUCCGCGCCCACCUCGCCAUGUGACCAGGACGUGAAGGAGCUGGAGAACAUCCGGAAGGUUCUGUCGUUCGACCACCGCGGAGAGGAGCACAAGACACACAUCCUCUCGUCCGCCUCGUCCGUUGCUACGGUAACGGGAGACGCUGAUGGAGGUGGAGGAGCAGGUGAUGGAGGAGGCAGCGCUGGAGUGGAGGGCAAAGGAAGCCAGGAGAACGGAGAGGUCAAAGGUCAUGUCGCUCCUGAGGUCAAGAAGAUGAACCUGCACGACUUUGUGUUCAUCAAAGUUCUGGGAAAAGGAAGCUUCGGAAAGGUGAUGCUGGCCGAGCUGAAAGGCAGCGACGAGGUUUACGCCGUCAAAGUGCUGAAGAAAGACGUGAUCCUUCAGGACGACGACGUGGACUGCACUCUGACCGAGAAACGGAUCCUGGCCCUGGCCAGAAAACACCCCUACCUGACACAGCUCUUCUGCUGCUUCCAGACUAAAGACCGGCUGUUCUUCGUGAUGGAGUACGUGAACGGAGGCGACCUGAUGUUCCAGAUUCAACGUUCGAGGAAGUUCGACGAGGCGCGAUCUCGUUUCUACGCGGCCGAGGUCACGUCGGCUCUGAUGUUCCUGCACCGACAUGGAGUCAUCUACAGAGACUUGAAGCUGGACAACAUUCUGUUGGAUGCUGAGGGUCACUGUAAGCUGGCCGACUUUGGGAUGUGCAAGGAGGGAAUCCUCCACGGGGUCACCACCACCACCUUCUGUGGGACACCAGAUUACAUCGCACCUGAGAUCCUCCAGGAGCUGGAUUAUGGCCCAUCAGUGGACUGGUGGGCUCUGGGGGUGCUGAUGUAUGAGAUGAUGGCAGGCCAGCCACCAUUUGAAGCCGAUAACGAAGACGAUCUGUUCGAGUCCAUCCUCCACGAUGACGUCCUCUACCCCGUCUGGCUGAGCAAGGAGGCCGUGUCCAUCCUCAAAGCGUUCAUGACUAAGAGUCCUAACAAGCGUCUGGGCUGUGUGGUGGCUCAAGGUCUGGAGGAGGCCAUUAAGCUCCAUCCGUUCUUCAGAGAGAUCGACUGGACGCUGCUGGAGCAGAGGAGGAUCAGACCGCCGUUCAAACCGCGCAUCAAAACCAAAAGGGAUGUGAAUAACUUUGACCAGGACUUCACUCGUGAAGAACCCGUCCUGACGCCGGUGGACAACAGCAUCAUCAAGCAGAUCAACCAAGAUGAGUUUAAAGGAUUCUCCUACUUUGGAGACGAGACUGCAGCCUAGACGAGUUCUGACACGCAUACGAUUAUACGCACCGUCAACACAAAAAGCAGUAUUUAAAGAAACACGGCCUCUUCAAUGAGACCUCCCGAACAUUUCCAGAUUCUGACCACUCCAGGAAUUAUACUACACCAUCUGUAUCUCUCGUUAUGGUUUCUGUGCUCUUGAUGUUUGUCCCCUUGUGAACAUCCCGUCAAAGCAAAUGUUCGAGCAGCAUGUGAGCGCAGGUCAGGCGCUGUAAGAAGCAGGUGUGUUUCAGAUGCUCAAACGUUCAGCGGAGGGUUUUGAAGCAGACACGUGGGUCAUGUGCUGUCAGAGUGUGUGUGUGUGUGUGAGAGAGAGAGAGAGAUAGUGUGUAAAAGUGUGCAUGCAUGUGUAUUUGCAUACCUCUGUACACAAUGUGCUGUAUCCUGUGUCUAUCUCUGUGUUUAAAGAAUGUUUUUUUCCCUAAACGAGUAUGUGAAUGGAAAAAAAGCGAACCAAUGAUUGUAUUUAAAGAAAAAAACAAAUCUUCAAAACUAUUUUAUUCCAAGUAAAAAAGAGAUGUCAAGAUGAGAUGCGAGAAAUGGAACUCUGCCCUUUAUUUCAAAUUUAAGAGUGAGAAAAUGAAAUGAUAGUGACACCUUUGCAUUUUGGAUUUUGGCUGUUCUGUACUUCCUGUUGAGUGACGGCUGCUCUGCUUGCCCUCCUCUCUCCGUGUUUUAGCUCGUUAGUACAUCGAUGCUCUCGCUCUUCAUUAAAACCAAAGGGUUGCCAGCUCGCCGCUGGGAGUGUCCAUCGUUCUACAGUGACAUGCUUACAGUGCUAACGAGCUGUUUUCCACGUAACCCGACGCUGAGACAGCGAGACGCUGAGACACUGAGACACUGAGACAGUUGUCCAGGGAAGCCAAAUAAUGAGGUGAAAUCUAAAAUAUCAGUGGAGCCGUUUAAAGAGACAUUUUGUCGCAGGUGAAGUCCUUGAAACGCUGCACCUUCUGGAGCAGAAGGAUCUUUUCAGAUCAACUCCUUCAAUCCCUCCAUGACCAUCUGAUCACUGAAAAGCCUUGUGUGUGUGUGUGUGUGUGUGUGUGUGUGUGUGCGCAGUAACAGUAAUUGAAAGCCGUGGAUCGUCAAGGUGAAUGUGUUAGCACAUGUGACUGAAUGUACAGACGUGUUGUGUCCGUGUUCUUUAUUUAAAACGUUUUAACUGAAUCGUCCAGCUUUCACUGACGUGUUGGAAAUCUUUAGAUUUCAUGUGAUUUCACCUCCUCCUCCUCCUCCUGAUCUUCGUCUUUUCCUUCUCCUCCUCAUCUCUUCCUCCUCCUGCUCCUCAUCUCUUCCUCUUCCUCCUGGUCUCUUCCUCCUUCUCC